AUGGCAGCCCCCACGGUUAGGUUGACUGCCGAAAAUCCUUCAAAGGAAACAGGUGCAGGCGAUGAUUCUACAGCUGUUUGUGACUUAUGUCUAAAGAAUUCCUCCAAGUAUCGAUGCCCUCGAUGCAGUGCGGCCUAUUGUUCACUAGCAUGCUACCAAAGUCAGAAACAUUCCGGCUGCUCGGAGAAAUUCAGCAGAGAACACUUCCAGGAAGUUUUGAAAAACAAGAAAGGAAGUGCAGCAGACCGUAAGAAGAUGCUAGAGAUCUUAGAGAGGGUAGAGACGGACUAUAAACCCUUAUUUCAAGAUGAUGAGGAGGAGGAUGAGGAAGGGGAUGAAGAGACGGAGGGCGGAGCAGCAAGUCUUGAAGAAAGAAUUGCAGGACUAGAUCUAGAUGUGGAUAUUGAUGAGGUCUGGGAGAGACUAACUGACAAAGAGAAGAGAGAUUUUGAAACUGUUCUUCACGCGGGGAAACUCGGUGCCCUAGUCCCUAUCUGGAAACCGUGGUGGGAAUCCCAUGAAGCAGAUCUGAUCAAAGUGAUUGAUAACGACCCCCCACCAUCUUCCAAAGCUCCGCCCCAACCUCCAAGACAACCCUCCUACAUCGAUGAAAUCGAAGAGGACUUGGAGAAAGUUGUCAACGAUUUGGGCAUCAAGGAUGACCAGACGACGGAUCAGGACCUCGUGGAAGAAGCAGCGUCUUCUAAUCCCCCGAAGAUUCUGAAAAAGAUUGCAAAGUUGAGCGAAGUUCUUCGGAGCAAAAAGGCGUCGGACUCCGUGAUCUAUAACCUUCUGAAUAUAUUAUAUAGCUAUGCUUAUGUUGUCAGACUCUACAAUGGUGCACACAGAGAUCUACCAAUACAACUUGCAAAGAAUCUUCUGGAGUUAUCUGCUACAUUAAGUCAUAAUGUAAACUUUACAGACACAGAAGAAUCACUGGCUAGUGCUGUACAUAAUGCAUCAAUAUCGCUGUUCAAUAGCAACACGUUCUCGUCCUCCAUCCUUCGUGACGUGACACACCUCCUCCUGGGGCAAGCUUCAGACUCACCCACGGCCUACAUCCAAUCCGCUCUCUCUGAUAUGCAUCGGUUGUUCGGAGCAGCCAGAAAGCAACUUGCCAAAGAAAACAAGAAUUCUUCAAAAAACUCUGAACCAGAAGAAAACAGAUCAUCGAAGGAUAGUAAAGGAGAGUUACAUAAGACUUGCUUCAAUUGUCAGAAGAAGCUGGAGUUUUUUCUUGCCUGGAAUGUUGAGCAUAAAGACGAGCCGAGGAUGUUGAUCCCUGAAGUAGAAGCAAUGUACAGAUCAAGACAAGCUUCAGAGGAGCAGCAUAAUUUAACCAAGUCAGCUUUUGAGAUGCAAUGGGGUGACAAUAAACCCCCACCCAAGCCUAAAAACAGACUUAUUGAAGAACUGAGCUGAGUUUCAUCAGGGACCAGGAUACCGUGUUGCGAGAUGCAUGCCUGGCUUAAGACUUAGUCAACAGGACCGGAAACAUCAAUGACAGACAUCUUCACUUCUGGCUUACCUGCUGGACUCCGCCCGGUCUG